UGCCACAUAAAUAAAUAAACCUUUUUACUACAGACAAAUCAAACUCACACUUCUGUUGUCACACACGUAUAACAUUGCAACAUUGUAAGCCAUUGCUUCGUGUCUUACACUGAGCACCUUCUUCAAUCAACCCAAGGUGAUCGCUUGAAUACUCUGCUUCAAACUGAUCCGCAGUGAUAUCUGUAAGAAGAUUUCUGCUUCACCAUGCCACCCAAGCCAUUAGACUAUGUGUCAAUAAAUGAAAACGUGAAGAAGGCUCAAUAUGCUGUCAGAGGUGAAUUAUACCUUAGAGCUUCUGAGCUUCAGAAGGAGGGCAAGAAGAUUAUUUUCACUAAUGUUGGCAACCCACAUGCUUUGGGACAGAAACCACUGACCUUCCCUCGCCAGGUUGUUGCUUUGUGCCAGGCUCCAUUCCUACUAGAUGAUCCAAAUGUUGGACUGCUAUUCCCUGCUGAUGCCAUUGCAAGAGCUAAACAGUAUUUUUCAGUGACCUCGGGUGGUUUAGGUGCUUAUAGUGACUCCCGAGGCCUUCCAGGAGUGAGGCAGGAAGUGGCAGAGUUCAUACAAAGGCGUGAUGGUUAUCCAAGUGAUCCAGAGCUCAUAUAUCUUACUGAUGGUGCCAGCAAGGCUGUGAUGCAGAUAUUAAAUACUAUCAUUAGAGGUCCAGAAGAUGGGAUUUUGGUUCCAGUCCCACAAUACCCACUCUACUCAGCAACAAUUGCUCUUCUUGGUGGUACUCUUGUUGGAUACUACCUUGAAGAGACAGCAAAUUGGGGUCUUGAUACUAAGGAACUUCGCAGAUCAGUUGAACAGGCUCGCUAUAAAGGAAUAAAUGUUAAAGCAAUGGUGAUCAUAAACCCUGGAAAUCCUACUGGUCAAUGUCUUAGCCAAGAAAAUUUAAGAGAGGUUUUGCAAUUUUGCUAUGAAGAAAACUUAGUCUUGCUUGGAGAUGAGGUUUAUCAGACGAAUAUAUAUCAGGAUGAACGACCCUUCAUUAGUUCUAAAAAGGUUUUGAUGGACAUGGGUCCACCUAUAAGCAAGGAACAACAGCUUGUUUGUUUUCACUCAGUGUCAAAAGGGUAUUUUGGUGAAUGUGGACAGCGGGGUGGAUACUUUGAAAUGACCAACAUACCUCCAGAGACAGUUGAUGAGAUCUAUAAGGUUGCAUCUAUAUCACUCAGUCCAAAUGUUCCUGCCCAAAUAUUUAUGGGGCUAAUGGUCAAUCCACCAAAACCUGGUGAUAUUUCUUAUGACCAGUUUGUUAGGGAGAGCAAAGGAAUACUUGAAUCACUAAGAAGAAGAGCAAGGAUAAUGACUGAUGGAUUCAACAGUUGCAGGAAUGUUGUUUGUAACUUUACAGAAGGUGCCAUGUAUUCAUUCCCUCAAAUAAAAUUGCCACCAAGAGCUAUAGAGGCUGCUAAACAGGCCAGAAAGGCUCCAGAUGUUUACUACUGUCUCAAGCUUUUGGAAGCCACUGGCAUAUCCACUGUUCCUGGCUCAGGAUUUGGACAGAAAGACGGGUACUUCCAUUUGAGGACAACUAUUUUACCCCUUGAGGAGGAAAUGCCUGCUAUUAUGGAGAGUUUUAAAAACUUCAAUGAUGAGUUCAUGGAGCAAUAUGAAGACAAUAGAGGUUAUUCAAGGUUGUAAGAAGGGAAGUUGCAUAAUACUCAUGCGCUUAUGUAAGCUGUUAAUCCGCCCCUUAAAAACAUGAGCUCCUCUCCACUGCUUGUCCUCCAUUGGAGAUAUUUCUUAAACCUUAUAUUUUCUUCUGUAUCAUCUCUAAACUGACAAUCUUCCAUGUAUAUUUAAUCUCUCUUGGACCUUUAAUAUGUUGGGCUUGGCAAACAAUCUAUUGAAUAUGAUAAUUCUCUCUU